UCUAGCUCACGACAGGCCGAGAUUGAGAAGAUGGAAGCCGAUAUUCGCAAGUUAUCCAAGCGCCAGAACGGCGAUGACAGCGAUGACGAACCUGCCAGAAAGAAGGCAAAGAACAAGUCCUACCUUGAAGAGGAAUUGGCCAAGUACUCCAAAGGACGUGGUAUUCACAAGAAGGACAAGAAAAAAGACGAGUCAGAUGUUCUGGCGGCUCUGACAACCUUCCGGACAAAAUUGAAGUCUACGUUGAUGGAUGAGGAAGAGAGUAAAGACGAUGUCGCAGAAGAAGGUGUCAUUGGAGAUGGCGAAGACCCGGGCAUCGAGGUGGAUGAUGAUACAGGUUUCAUGUCUCAUCUACUCAGUUUCCCCAAAGGAAACGAUGAAGAGGUACGGAAGGCAGAAAGGGAUUAUGAGGUGAUUGACCCGAGGCAACGAGGGGCGCGGGCGAGGGAGGAGGAAAAAGAGCGGAAGAAAGCGAUGAAACCUAGGGAUGGAGGUCGAGGAUCUAAGAGGUGA